CUUCAUUCACUUGCAAAUCAGUGUGUGCGCACAAGAGCCAGCUCUCCCGAGCCCGUAACCUUCCCAUCCCGAGAGCUGCAGUUUCAGCCGCGGCAGCGAGAACAGCGGAGCCUGCGGCGGCGGCAAGAGCAGCCCAGGCGGGUCGCGGGGGCUCCCGGGCGCUGGCAGGCGAGCAGAGAUAUCCUCUGAGAGCCAAGCAGAGAACAUUAAGAAAGGAGGAAGGGAUGAAGCUGGAAACUGCAGUGAGCAGAGCCACUUGAAGAGGAGGGGAACUGUGAACCAGAGACUGCGUGCCGUCAGCAUGAGAACUUCCUGGUACUUCUUGCUGCUCUUUUGGGUGGGUCAGCCCUACCCGACUUUCUCAACUCCAUUAUCUAAGAGGACUAGUGGUUUCCCAGCAAAGAAAAGGGCCCUGGAGCUCUCAGGAAACAGCAAAACCGAGCUGAACCGUUCAAAGAGGAGUUGGAUGUGGAACCAAUUCUUUCUCCUGGAGGAAUACACGGGAACGGAUUAUCAGUACGUGGGCAAGUUACAUUCAGACCAGGAUAGAGGAGAUGGAUCACUUAAAUAUAUCCUUUCAGGAGAUGGAGCAGGAGAUCUCUUCAUUAUCAAUGAAAACACAGGCGAUAUACAGGCCACCAAGAGGUUGGACAGGGAGAAGAAGCCCGUUUAUAUACUUCGAGCUCAAGCUGUUAACAGAAGGACAGGGAAACCUGUAGAGCCCGAAUCUGAAUUCGUCAUCAAGAUCCAUGACAUCAAUGACAAUGAACCAAUAUUCACCGAGGAGGUUUACAUGGCUACUGUUCCUGAAAUGUCUGAUGUCGGCACGUUUGUUGUCCAAGUCACUGCAACUGAUGCUGAUGAUCCAACGUACGGGAACAGUGCUAAAGUUGUCUAUAGCAUCCUACAGGGACAGCCCUAUUUUUCUGUUGAAUCAGAAACAGGUAUCAUCAAGACAGCUUUGCACAACAUGGAUCGAGAAAACAGAGAGCAGUACCAAGUGGUGAUUCAAGCCAAGGACAUGGGCGGCCAGAUGGGAGGACUCUCAGGGACCACCACAGUGAAUAUCACGCUGACCGACGUCAACGACAACCCUCCCCGAUUCCCCCAGAGUACAUAUCAGUUUAAAACUCCUGAAUCUUCUCCACCGGGUACACCAAUUGGCAGGAUCAAAGCCAGUGAUGCUGAUGUAGGAGAAAAUGCCAAAAUUGUAUACAGUAUCACAGACGGUGAGGGGCUGGAUAUGUUUGAUGUCAUCACUGACCAGGAAACCCAGGAAGGGAUUCUAACUGUCAAAAAGCUCUUGGACUUCGAAAAGAAGAAAGUAUACACCCUCAAGGUAGAAGCCUCCAAUCCUCAUGUAGAAGCCCAAUUUCAAUACCUGGGUCCAUUCAAAGAUUCAGCCACGGUGAGAAUCGUAGUGGAGGAUGUCGAUGAGCCACCUGUCUUCAGCAAACUAGCCUACAUCCUGCAGAUAAGAGAAGACGCUCAGAUAAACACAACCAUAGGCUCAGUCACAGCUCAAGAUCCAGAUGCCGCCAGGAAUCCCAUCAAGUACUCUGUUGACCGACACACAGAUAUGGACAGAAUAUUCAACAUUGAUUCUGGAAAUGGUUCAGUUUUUACAUCGAAACUUCUUGACCGGGAAACACUGCUGUGGCACAACGUUACAGUGAUAGCCACAGAGAUUAAUAACCCAAAGCAGAGUAGCCGAGUACCUCUGUAUAUUAAAGUUCUAGAUGUCAAUGACAACGCCCCAGAGUUCGCUGAGUUCUACGAAACCUUUGUCUGUGAAAAAGCAAAGGCAGAUCAGUUAAUCCAGACCCUACGAGCUGUUGACAAGGACGACCCUUACAGUGGACACCAAUUCUCCUUCUCUUUGGCCCCUGAAGCAACCAGUGGCUCAAACUUUACCAUUCAUGACAACAAAGACAACACAGCGGGAAUCUUAACUCGGAAAAAUGGCUAUAAUAGACAUGAGAUGAGCACCUAUCUGCUGCCUGUGGUCAUUUCAGACAACGACUACCCAGUUCAAAGCAGCACUGGGACAGUGACUGUCCGGGUCUGUGCAUGUGACCACCAUGGGAACAUGCAGUCCUGCCAUGCGGAGGCCCUCAUCCACCCCACGGGACUGAGCACAGGGGCUCUGGUGGCCAUCCUCCUGUGCAUCGUGAUCCUACUAGUGACAGUGGUGCUGUUUGCAGCUCUGAGGCGGCAGCGGAAGAAAGAGCCCUUGAUCAUUUCCAAAGAAGACAUCAGAGAUAACAUUGUCAGUUACAACGAUGAAGGUGGUGGAGAGGAAGACACCCAGGCCUUUGAUAUUGGCACCCUGAGGAACCCUGAAGCCAUAGAGGACAACAAAUUACGCAGGGACAUUGUGCCUGAAGGUCUUUUUCUACCCCGACGGACUCCAACAGCUCGAGACAACACCGAUGUCAGAGAUUUCAUUAACCAAAGGUUAAAGGAAAAUGACACGGACCCCACUGCCCCGCCGUACGACUCUUUGGCCACCUACGCCUACGAAGGCACCGGUUCAGUUGCGGAAUCCCUGAGCUCUCUGGAGUCUGUGACCACGGAUGGAGAUCAAGACUAUGAUUACCUUAGUGACUGGGGCCCUCGAUUCAAAAAGCUGGCAGAUAUGUAUGGAGGGGUGGACAGCGACAAAGACUCCUAAUCGGUUGCCUUUUUCAUUUUCCAAUAUGACACUGAAAUAUGUGAAGUGGCUAUUUCUUUCUAUUUAUCCACUAUUCUGUGAAGGGUCCUCGUUGUACCCAUUCCAAAAGCCAAUGGCUGCAGUCCGUGUGGAUCCAAUAUUAGAGACUUUUUUCUAGUACACUUUUAUGAGCUUCCAAGAGGCAAAUUUUUAUUUUUAGUGCAUCCAAUUAACCAAGUCGGCCCAGUAGGCAGGCACUGGAGGAGUGAACAGGUAGCUGCAUUUUCAAUUUUUCUCUGAGGCCAGUUUGGAACAUGCUGUUUACCACUGGCCUAGUGUUUUGCUACACUCCAUUGCCUCGGGUCAGCUGACUGCCCUAACUGUACAUUUCACAUGCUGAUGAGAUAAAGGAUUGUGCUUUAAUGACAAAAAUAGAGUUUUAGUCAAAAAAAAUAAGGAAAAACUGGAGAGUCAUUCCUGAUAUAUCAGCUCACAAGGAGAUAAUAAUAAAUGAUGUAAGGAUUGAAAGGGUGUGUAUUUCUAUCACAAAGAAUUUAAAAAGGCAUUCAGCCAGUCUUGUUUGUGCUCUAAUACUUCAUCUGGCAGCAGCUACUCAAAGCAUCAAAUCCACAGAUGCUUUCAGAUGCUUUUUCUCUUAAAGAAAAGAAGCAUAUUAAAUUGUAACAUUCAAAGGUAACAAAGACAAAAAACUUAAGACGUCAUUCCUUGCCACUAGCGUAAAAUGUGUUACCUAUAUUAAAAAUUGCCUUUGUACCAUAGAAAGGUAAAGAGAAAAUGGCUAAUAAUGUAAGCAAAGGAAACACUUAGCAUACUUUAAAGUUUUGACCACCAGAUGUAUCUUGAAAUUCUUUCAAUGAUCAGUAAGCUAAUGACCAAUCAUCUAAUUGUUUAAAAGUUCUUGAAGGAUUUUUUCCUGGGACAAAUGUUAAUUCCUUGUAUGUAGUUGUCAGUAUUAUUCUACUGUACCUGAAAGUAGCAGAGUGAAGUACGAUAAUUUUUAUUCCUCAGAAACUUCUUACACAAUUAACUUGAAUUGGUAAUAGAUUAAAUAAAGUUCACUCUACUCUUGGAGUUCAUGGGAGAGUUCAGAGCCAGCCUCAUUGGAACCUAAUGCCAUUCCCCUCAUAUCCAGAACAUCGAUAUGCACAUACAACAUAACAGAUAGAGAUGAACACUGAAAUCACAGUAGAAACAUAUAUAUUCCAUGACUGGAAGAUGGAUACAAAGACACAACUUGGAUUCCCUUCAACACAAGUGUUUAAGAUUGUAAUGAAAAUGAGAGUUGACCUUCAAAAGUAUUAAUAUUCCCCAUUGUUUAGAACUUUGCUUCCAAGGCAAAAGGAUGGCAAGCCUACCACCCUUGUCUUUGAACUAAUGAUAAGUAAUGGUCUCAAACUAUGACAGAAAAGUAAUGUAAAAUCCAUCCAAUCCAUUAUUUUUCUAAUUAUGUAAUUAGCAUCGUAGUCAGUUAUUUUCCAGGGGACCCAACUGAACUGAGCUAAUCCUUCUGGCAGGUUCAAAGCAUUUACUACAUAUGGCUGUUCUAAUGGCUUUUAUCAUUAGAAUCUUACAUUGUUCAGUCACCAGAAAUUUCCAAAGUACUGUAAUGAAAACAGUCUUGUUUGAAAAGUUUAAAAAUAGGCUCUAUGUACAUAUAUAAUAUAUACUUAAGAAUAUGUUGACCUCACUUAUUAAUCUUAAGAAUUUAUUUUCAAUCAGUGCUUAUUUUCUAGAGAUAAUCUCAAUGUCAUUUCCAUUUGGGGAUAACGUCAUCUCAGCACAUAUUUUCUGUUUGGAAGCACACUAUUGUUUACUUAAAUUUUAAAUGGGCGUAUUACCCAGGACAUGAAAAUAGCACCUUUAAAACAAGAGAAAUGUAGAAUUUGAGUUAAAGUAAAAAUUUUUGCAACUCUAUUAUUCCUGUGUUCCCUGAAUGAUUUCCUAUAUAUUGUAAUGGGCUAUCCUGUAUACUAGCAAGUAUUUUAUGUUUCAUGGUUGGGCUAUUUCCAACUUUUAGGGUUUUCUUUUAUUAGUUCUUCAAACACACACACAUGCACACAAAUUACACACAUGCACACAAAUACACACACAUGGAGGAAUGUAAAGAAAAUGUUAUGCGAGGGCUUUACAGCAAGAAGUCAGUAUGUAUUAUAGUCACAGGUAAUGUUUUAAAAGAUAACUUAGUAAAAUUAAUAAGAACUAGAUAUUUAUAGCAAUAGAACAGCACCUUAAUCACAAAAUUUAUGGUAAAAUUAAAGAGUUCUCUAACUUUAUGUUUCAUGUCAUAUAACAAAUUGAACCAAGAAAGGUAGUCCCAUAAAAAGACAAGUAUUAUCAAAAGUCAUACCUCUGAACUUUUGGUGUUAAUUGGAAUUUCUGAGGGUUAACACUAGCAAUUUCCAGUGUUUCCAGGUAAAGCUGACUCCUUCCUUCUAAGUAAAAGUAAGUAGUUCUACAGUGAAACAUUUGAGAUAUAAGUGGCUGGAUAUUUUAUCCCUCCUUGACAGUGGCAUAAGGUUGAGAUAAGUAUUGCAUAAUUGGUUAAUUUCUAACCACAAAAGCUAUGAUAAAGUAAACUUAUAGAAAAUUGGGUAUUUCAAGCCUAGAGCUGAAUAUUGAGUAUUAUCUUCCUGUAAGUAGCAAGUUCAUGGGGUUUUUUUCUAUAAGACUUUGUGACAUCCUUCAAACAUUAAAAGCCAACAGUUCCAUCAUUCUCCUGCUCAUCUUCACUUCCUUCCCACCAAAUAUUAGCUUUAACACGACUCCAUGUGUAGAUUUUCUAAAGUCAAAUCCUGGGUCACAAUAAGAAAAUUAGUUUUAAGUUCAAUUUUCACAUUGUCUAUGUCUUGGUUUUUGAUACUGACUGUUAGGUUGAAGGAGAGUGGGAAGAAGUAAAAUUUUAAUAUCUGUUUUUAAUUACAGAAAUGAAAAAUUUAUUAAACAAAGAAAGUCGCUCUUGUGUACAAGGUCAUUUCAAGGACAUUGAAGCCUGGCCCCUUUUUUUUUUUUUGGCCCUCUAUUCAAGAGGAAAUAUUUCAUUAAACCACUAAGACAUAUCCUAGAAUAAGCUAAAGACGUUAAUCCAUUACACCUAAGUCUAAAUACCCUUCAUUUUGUGCCCACUUUCUACUGAAAAUACUUGUCUUCAAAUAAGUCAAAUAGGAAAGAAGCAAAGAUAGUUUCAUUAAAUCAUAAGAAAGGAAGUUCAGCCACAGUAAACACAUAUUUCUUUUGGAGUUUCCCUGGUUUUAUAGUCUGGGUGCAUAAAGGAAGGUUCAGCUACAAAAUUACUCCAUUUUUAGAUGGAACAAAGCUGGUGAUUCAAUUUAACUCAGUAUAAAAAUAUGUGGCAUAGUUUUCAUUUUCAGCUCCUAAAAAGUUGUGCAAGAAGUUCUUAAAAAUUGAAUUCGUAUCUUAGAAGCAUCCAAAUUUUGUGGAUCCAAAAUAACUUUGCAAUGUUUCUAUUACCCUACUUCUAAGUACAUAAAUUUUAGAUGUCCUGAAUUGUUGAACAAUAUCUUACCACAACUGCUUUGCCCUGAAAUGGGUAUUUCCUUUGAGAUAAUAAUAUAUAACCUACCAAGUGGACAUUCUGAGACUGUACAUUAUAGCACCAUAAAAAUAUGCAGCUGAAAGGAAAGAAUGAGGUUGAUUUCUGGGUGCAAACUAAAUUUUUAAAUCGGGUACUUGCCCUUAUCAACGAAAUUCAUUUUCCCUAGGAACAGAACCACAAAAUAAAACUUUUAUCCUAGUCUCUAGUUUUAAAGUGGUAUAAUUACUUUGGAAGAACAGUCUAAAAAGUCAUGAUCCCCACUAUUUUUGAAAGAUAUUCUCUGAAAAGGAUCAUUUUAGUGUGAUUUUAAUUUUUAUGUUUUAUCUAGAUGAAAUCUUUUUUGAAAUAUGACAUUGUGACAAAGGACUCAAAACCCAAGCAGUCUGCUGUGUUUAAAUUAGCACUGCAACCUAACCUUCUCCAUCAGAUUGUAAGAGGAGAAAGAUUAACACUUGGCAUGUGAAUCUUGAGGAAGAUGAACUGUUCCCCAAGCUUUGACAAACAGCUUUCUUUUCCAGAGAA